AUGUAUGGUCAUGUCGGUAAGCUUGCUGAAUCUAUUAAGGCUGGUGUGGAAUCCCAAAAUGUUUCUGUCAAGAUAUUCCAAGUAGCCGAAACUUUACCGGAUGGGGUGCUUCAAAAAAUGCAUGCGGCACCUAAGCCAGAUUACGCUACAGCAACCAUUGACACUUUAAAGGAAUAUGACGCUUUCCUCUUUGGUAUCCCUACUCGAUUUGGAAAUUUUCCAGCCCAAUGGAAGACAUUUUGGGAUAGAACCGGGGGUCUUUGGGCUUCUGGUGGUUUAUAUCACAAACCUUUCGGUGUUUUUGUCUCGACUGGUACUGGUGGAGGUACCGAAUCGACCGUUAUGAACAGUCUCUCGAGUUUUGUUCAUCACUCAAUGGUUUUUGUUCCCUUGGGAUAUGCUAAAACUUUCCCAGAGAUGAAUAAUUUGGACGAAGUUCGUUCUGGUUCUCCAUGGGGUGCCUCAACGAUGUCUGGCCCAGAUGGCUCUAGACAACCCACUCCUUUGGAAUUAAAGGUUGCAAAGAUCCAAGGUACAGAGUUUGCCAAGUAUCUUAAAUCUUGA